CCGACAGUGCUCGUGACGAACUCAGUCUGAAGUCAAAACCCAAACACAACAGAACCCUAGAGAGAAAUGGCUGAUUUUCCCGCCAUUUUGAAGAAGCGUCGAGCUCGAUCCGCUGUCGUUGGCGCCUGGCGGAGUCCUAUGGCCAUCUGAGAUUGGGCCCAGCCCAAUGAUUGGCUCAAAUUGGAAGAAUCCACAAAGCCCAACAGUAUAUACAAAGGGUUCAAUGCACCGAGUGAGGCCGAAGAGAGUCAAACGAGCGAGUUUUUUAGAUCUUUCUAGAAGCGGACCAUAAAAGUGGCAUUCUCUGGCCGACCACCUCAAUUUCCAAGCUUCUCGUUCUCGCCGGCAUCAGCCUAGGCUUACUUUUCCGAAUUAGAAAAUAAACCGAACCGAAAAAGAAAUAUAAGAAGUAAGAGAGAGAAUUCUAGAAUCAACCACACACGUCCUUCCCUUCCUUUGCUUCGCCGCUCCGCUCCGCUCUCUUUCCUUCCUUCUUUAAAGGUACGACGAUCGUUAUAACCCUAGCGUUCUCUUCUCUGCGCGACGAUUCGAUUCAGUCUAGUCUCUGUUCCAACUCCGAGCGAAUCUCGGGGUUCCCUCUUUGCGUUUCAUCGUCCGAGCUUUCUCUCUCUCUCGUUCUCGUCAACUCCCGCAUAGAUCUGCAAUCACACCGUCAUCCUGAAUACUGACUAGUUCAGUGAAUUUUGUCAGUUUAGGGAAACAUGAGUGUGGUUGGCUUUGAUUUUGGAAAUGAGAACUGCCUUGUUGCCGUGGCAAGACAAAGAGGGAUUGAUGUUGUUCUUAAUGAUGAAUCGAAACGUGAGACUCCAGCCAUUGUUUGCUUUGGAGAGAAGCAAAGGUUCAUUGGUACUGCAGGCGCUGCCACGACUAUGACUAACCCCAAAAAUUCUAUCAGUCAGAUUAAGCGUUUAAUUGGACGGCCGUUCAAUGAUCCUGAAUUGCAGAGAGAUCUAAAAUCGUUGCCUUAUGCCGUCUCUGAAGGACCUGAUGGGUUCCCUUUGAUCCAUGCGCGGUAUUUGGGCGAACUGAGGACCUUCACGCCUACUCAAGUUUUGGGAAUGGUGCUUUCAAAUUUGAAAGAGAUAGCAGAGAAGAAUCUCAACGCUGCUGUGGUUGACUGCUGUAUAGGGAUUCCUGUUUAUUUCACUGAUCUACAGCGAAGGGCUGUCUUAGAUGCUGCUACAAUUGCAGGAUUGCAUCCACUUCGUUUGUUUCAUGAAACUACUGCUACUGCACUUGCUUAUGGAAUUUACAAAACUGACUUGUCUGAAAGUGAACAACUGAAUGUCGCUUUCGUCGAUGUUGGCCAUGCAAGUAUGCAAGUGUGCAUUGUUGGAUACAAGAAAGGGCAGCUCAAGGUACUGGCACAUGCUUUUGACCGGUCUCUCGGAGGCAGAGACUUCGAUGAAGCUCUGUUCACCCACUUUGCUGCGAAGUUCAAGGAUGAGUACAAGAUAGAUGUUUACCAGAAUGCCAGGGCUUGUCUUAGGUUGAGGGCUGCUUGUGAGAAAUUGAAGAAGGUUCUCAGUGCUAAUCCUGAGGCACCUUUGAAUAUCGAGUGUUUAAUGGAAGAGAAAGAUGUGAGAGGUUUCAUUAAGAGAGAUGAGUUUGAACAGAUCAGUAUGCCUAUAUUGGAUCGUGUGAAGAAGCCACUGGAGAAGGCUCUUGAGGAUGCUGGACUUACUGUUGAGAAUGUUCAUACAGUUGAGGUUAUUGGGUCUGCAUCUCGUAUACCCUCUGUUUUUAAGAUCCUGACGGAGUUCUUUGGCAAGGAGCCCAGGCGCACAAUGAAUGCGAGCGAGUGUGUUUCUAGGGGAUGUGCCUUGCAGUGUGCCAUGCUCAGCCCCACAUUCAAAGUGAGAGAAUUCCAGGUUCAUGAGAGCUUCCCAUUCUCAAUUGCUAUGACCUGGAAAGGAGGUGCAGCACCGGAGACUCCAAAUGGCGCUGCCGAUAACCAACAGAGCACACUUGUGUUCCCCAGGGGAAAUCCCUUACCCAGCAUCAAGUCUCUGACUUUCUAUCGGUUGGCGACAUUUUCUGUUGAUGUCCAAUAUACGGACACAAAUGGGUUGGUGGCUCCUUCUAAAAUCAGUUCUUAUACGAUUGGGCCUUUCCAGGCCACGAAAAGUGAGCGGGCCAAAGUUAAGGUGAAAGCUCGGUUGAAUCUGCAUGGAAUUGUGUCCAUUGAGUCUGCAACACUUUUGGAAGAGGAAGAAAUUGAAGUGCCUGUCUCAAAAGAGACAGUCACCAAGAUGGACACUGAUGAUGUUCCAAGUGAUAGUGUGCCCCCGAGCACAAGUGAAGCGGAUGCUAAUGCCCAGGAAGGCAAUACUGGUGUCGAAAAUGGUGCUUCUGAUGCUGGUGAUAAGCCUACCCAAAUGGAAACAGAUAGCAAGGCUGAUGCUCCAAAGAGGAAAGUUAAGAAAUCGAACAUACCUGUAUCAGAAUUGGUGCAUGGUGGAUUGCCUCCAGUUGAUCUGCAGAAGGCAGUAGAAAAGGAGUUUGAAAUGGCCUUGCAAGAUCGGGUGAUGGAGGAGACUAAAGACAAGAAAAAUGCUGUUGAGGCUUAUGUGUAUGAGAUGAGGAAUAAGCUCCUUGAUAAGUAUCAAGAGUUUGUCACUGAGCCGGAGAGGGAAGAACUAUUGGCCAAGCUACAGCUGGUGGAGGACUGGUUGUAUGAAGAUGGUGAAGAUGAGACCAAAGGUGUUUAUAUUGCCAAGCUUGAGGAGCUCAAGAAGCAAGGCGACCCAAUAGAGCAGCGGUACAAGGAGUCCACCGAGAGGGGAUCUGUAAUUGAUCAACUUCUUCAUUGUGUCAGCAGCUACAGAGAAGCUGCUCUGUCUAAUGAUACCAAAUUUGAUCAUAUCGAUAUGAAUGAAAAACAAAAGGUUAUUAAUGAAUGUGCUGAAGCAGAAGCAUGGCUAAAUGAUAAGAAGCAGCAGCAGGACUCCCUUCCCAAGUAUGCUACUCCAGUUCUCUUGACGGCAGAUUUGAAGAGGAAGGCCGAGGCACUUGACAGGUUUUGCCGGCCAAUAAUGACGAAGCCAAAGCCAGCCCCACCAAAGCCGGCUACUCCUGAAGCACCCACCGCAUCCCCUGAACAGAGACCCCAGGGUGGUGAUGCAGAUUCCAAGGCCAAUGCUGAGCCAAGUAGUAAUGACGAGAAGCCAGCUGCCGCUGAUGCCCCAGCGAGUGGGGAGCCAAUGGAUACAGACGAUCAGGAAGGUUCGGCUAAAGCCUGAGAGCUGAUAUCUGCGUCGGCAAGGUUGAGACCCUUGCGUAAAAUGAGUACUCUUUGGAGGCGCUUGAUUCGGGUGUACGAGAGGUGGUCAGUUUUGCAAUUGGUGAAUUUGUUGAAGAAUGAUGUCGUGCUGGAAUUUGUUAUUGUUGUUGGGAUGGAACGAUAAAGGGUCUCUCUUAAAAAUCCGGUAGGUUUUUUCCAGGAAAGGCUUUGUAAGAGGAUUAUUAUUAGGACUGGACUUCCAUUAAGAAUGGUCUUCCUGCACUCUUUGGUACAACUAUUUAUUGAGCAGCAGUGUUGCGAGGAGGUUUGUCAUUUUAUCGAAUGUGUGGUUAGUUCUUUUUACCAUCGUGUCUUUUUUAAAGAAAAUUGUUUUAUAAUUUCUGACAUUGGC